GACAGGAAGAGAGGCGGUAGUGGUAAUAUUCACACAGGUAGAAAAGUGAGAAUGCCCGUGCAGAGCCGACCCGUGCGGGACUCCUCCGUACAUUUCAGGUUACUCCAGCAGUACCUGGUCCUCCUGAAGAAAUACCCCAUCCUGACUAAAUCUGUAACCAGUGGCAUCCUCUCUGCUUUAGGAAACCUUCUGUCUCAGUUUGUGGAGGCGAGAAAAAAAGCCCAGAAGGGAGCUCCUGUCAGUAAUAUCGAUGCAGCUGGAGCUGCACGCUAUGCCAUUUAUGGGUUGCUUAUUACAGGACCCGUGAGCCACUUAUUUUACCAGCUGAUGGAAGUAUGGAUUCCCACCACAGAUCAGUUUUGUGUAGUCAAACGUCUGCUGCUGGACCGGCUUAUUUUUGCCCCGGGCUUUCUGCUCAUUUUCUACUUUGUAAUGAACAUCCUGGAGGCUAAAGGAUGGACUGAUUUUGAAAAGAAGAUGAGAAGAAGUUAUUGGACCGCUUUGAAGAUGAACUGGAAAGUUUGGACCCCUUUCCAGUUCAUAAACGUCAACUUUGUCCCUGUUCAGUUCCGAGUGCUGUUUGCCAACAUGAUCGCCUUAUUUUGGUAUGCCUACCUUGCAUCUGUGAGGAAAUGAUGCUACCAAGACGUCUCUAGAGAAGACACAUCUUCAGGAAACAGUUUUGGCAUAUUUGUAAAUGCCUAAAAACUGAGAUCAUACAACAGACUGUUACGUUUACUGCCGUAAAUCUGUGCCUAAUGUGGUCAGUAAUUUUCACAUACACGAGCGCUUGUGAUUAAAUUUAAAGUGGACUGAAACCAUUAUAACAUUUUAAAUACUCGACUUGAAAUUUAUAUCUUAACAGUGUAAGAUCUAAUAAAAACUAUUACUUUAUAUGA